UUCCUGUAAUCCUCCCUCCUCUAAACACUUCAGACCUGUCUGGUUAUCGAGUCCUUUCCUGAAGCAGACAGGCGAAUAUGGAACUUUUAUCUUCAAAACCACCUGCGGACAAAUAACCUGUUCACAAGGGCUGCCCCAGUACCACCUCGUGCAAUAUUAUGGCGCUAUAAUAGAGAGGAGACACCAGCUUGGCACCUGUACCUACUUACUAUUGACCGGGAUAAAGGCAUGACUUUCCUAACCUGAAAGUCAAGAUGAUCCAGAAAAGCAUCCACGAUCUUUGCUUCUGUAUCGGCGGCAUGGGAUGUGUGGAAAAGGAGGUCAACACAGACCUUCUACAGCAAAAAAGUAUUUGGGAAUUACCUCUGCUUCUCGCUGCUAAAGAGAAUAACGUCGAACUUCUCAGGGAGCUCCUCGCGUCGGAAAAAUGUGACCCUUUUCAGAGAGGAGCUAUAGGAGAGACGGCUCUUCACAUGGCGGCUCUGUACGACAACUUAGAAAUAGCCGAACUUCUCUUAACGGAGGCUCCUUACCUGGUGAAUCUUCCAAUGACAUCGGAAACCUACCAAGGGCAGACGGCUCUGCACAUCGCGGCCGUCAAUCAGAACAUGAACCUCGUCCGCAUGCUGAUCCGGAGAGGGGCCGACGUCUCCUCGCCUCGGGCAACCGGGAACUUCUUUACCCAGAAAGCCCAAAAUCUCUUUUAUUUCGGGGAGCACAUCCUGACAUUUGCGGCUUGUGUGGGAAACGGUGAACUUGUGAAGUUGCUUGUAGCCAACGGGGCAAACUUGAGAGCUCAGGAUUGUCUGGGAAACACAGUCCUUCACAUCCUCGUCCUGCAGCCCAACAAAACCAUCGCCUGCCAAAUGUUUGAUCUGCUCACGUCUCUUGAUUGCGACCGUAGAUACCCCCGUCUGAACCAGAUUGAAAAUAAUCAGGGCCUGACGCCCCUAAAGAUGGCGGCGGCAGAAGGUAACGUCACGAUGUUCCAGCACCUAAUGCAAAAAGAUGUUAAAAAAGUCUGGCCGAUGGGUCCUGCUUCGUACACGUUGUACGACCUCACGGAAAUCGAUUCCUGGGGCUCCCCGUGCUCCGUGCUCCAUCUGCUGGUUUCUUCCAGCAAGUCCGAGGCCCGUCGAAUCUUGGAUCUCUCUCCGGUGAAAGAUCUGGUAAAUGAGAAGUGGCGAAGCUUCGGUCGCCCUUACUUCUGCUUCCUUGCCGCCGUCUAUGUGCUGUAUAUGAUUUGCGUGUCUCUUUGCUGUGCCAACCGUCCGCUCAAGCCACUCGAAAAAAACGGGACGGAUCCCCGGGACAUCACUCUGCUGGUGCAAGCCAACCUUCUGGAUUCCUACCAAACUCCGAUGGCUGAGUUAAGGCUAGUGGGUGAGCUGAUCACAGUCAUUGGAGCCGUGGCUAUGCUUCUUCUCAAGAUCCCAGUACUGAUGAGCGUUCGGAAUGUUUCCUUUUUCACCGACACGGUCUCCGGAGGGGUUUUUCAUCUCAUCCUCGUGUCUUUCUCCUGCCUCAUCCUGUUGACCCUGGUCCUGAGGCUCACGGAUUCCGGAGGGGAGGUGGUCCCCAUGUCUCUGGCCCUGGUCCUCGGCUGGUGUUAUCUCAUGUACUUUGCCCGAGGGUUUCAAAUGCUCGGCCCGUUUACUGUCAUGAUCCACAAAAUAAUGUUUGGAGACCUGCUGAGGUUCUUCUGGCUCAUGGUGAUCGUCAUUAUUGGUUUUGGAACAGCCUUCUAUGUGAUUUUCCAAACCGAGGACCCCGCAUACAUGGGGAUGUUUUACAGUUACCCCAUGUCACUCUACAGCACCUACCAACUCUUCAUCAAUGUCAUGGACGCCCCUGAAAUUUACAACGUUGACCUUCCUUUGGUCUUCAGCUUCAUCUACUUUCCCUUCACGUUGAUUUCAACCCUGUUGAUGCUGAACCUGCUAAUUGCCAUGAUGGGUGAUACCUACUGGAGGGUGGCGCAGGAGAGAGACAAGCUGUGGAGGGCACAGCUUGCAGCCAUCACGGUGAUGUUGGAAAGUAAACUCCCCCGAUACUUCUGGCCCCGACUCGGUGUCUGCGGGUCCAAGUACGGGCUUGGGAACCGCUGGUAUUUGUGCGUGAAAGACACCCAGGAUCCCCAGAAGUCAGGAACCGUCCCGCCCAACAAGACUGAAACCAUGCAGAGCACAUCCGGGAAAACGAUCCCCAAAAUACAAAUCUCCCCCGUUCUGGAGGAUGAGGAGCAGAGAGACUUGGUAGAACCGUUGGCAGAAAGAAGGUCAAGCCGAGGCUGGCAAAUCGUACGGAGGGCAACCAUCGACCAGUUACAAGGGAUGGACGUGUUGGCCGGGGAAUCGGAACACGAAGUCUUUCAUAUCUAGACAUUUCUACAGAACGUGAAAAAGCACCACGCAGAACACGGAUUGUUGGAUAAUCACUGCAAGGAAACGCUUCAGUUAUAAUUAAAUUGACUUAUGACACGGACUGGGUUAGCAUCACUACGAUGGGGAGAAUGGAGAAGAUCUUCUAUGAUGUCAUAACAUAUCAAGUGGUUCUGUAGGAUGCUCACCCCUUUUUUUUCCCCCCUCCUCUAAUUUAAACUUGGUGACUCCAUUCAGAUAAUUAAGACAUGUUAAAUCCUUCAGUUUUAGGGAGGAACGUCAAUGAAAAAGGUUAAUUAAAAAAAUGU